GACGUCAUUACCGAGCGCCAACGGCAGCAAACAGAGAAGAUGGCGGACUUGGUGAAUGUUGGCGUGAAUCUGGACGCGUUCUCUCAUGCGAUCAGCGGCAUACAGGCACUCCGCUCCAGUGUGACACGCGUGUUCGAGUCCCUGAAGGAUGGCAUGAAAAACCGGUCGACCCUGGAGGGUCGAGAGAAGCAGUUUAUUGCCGAGUUCCAGGACAAUCUGCAGGCAGUCAACAGAGACCUGAAUGAGUUGGAGCGUCUCAGUGGGCUCGUGGGUCGUCCCUCAGAGUCUCAUCCUCUCCAUAACAGCGGCCUUCUCAGUCUGGAUCCAGUUCAGGACAAAACGCCUUUGUACUCUCAGCUGCUUCAGGCCUACAAAUGGUCCAACAAGUUGCAGUACCACGCUGGUCUGGCCUCCAGUUUAUUAAAUCAACAAUCACUCAAACGAUCGGCCAAUCAAAUGGGAGCUUCAGCCAAGCGCCGCCCUAAAGUCCAACCCAGUACUCUAGUACUACCUCCUCAGUAUGUGGAUGAUGUCAUCGCUCGGAUCGGCAGGAUGUUUCCUGAUAUGACCAUCGAGCUGUUCAGACCCAACGGAACGUCUGCCGUGCUGCUGGUGACCCUGGGGAAGGUGUUGAAGGCGAUCGUGGUGAUGCGUUCGCUGUUCAUUGACCGAACGAUUGUACGAGGAUUCAACGAAAAUGUUUACAACGAGGACGGAAAGCUUGACAUAUGGACCAAGUCCCAGUACCAGGUGUUCCAAAAGGUAACCGACCACGCAACAACAGCCCUGCUUCACUACCAGCUGCCCCAGAUGCCUGACGUGGUGGUCCGGUCCUUUAUGACGUGGCUGCGGAGCUACAUUAAACUCUUCCAGUCUUCUUGUCAGCGCUGUGGUCGUUUCCUGCAGGAUGGACUUCCACCAACAUGGAGAGACUUUAGGACACUGGAAGCGUUUCAUGACACCUGUCGCAUGUAAACAAAACGUUCUGUUUAUAUGAACUAUUUUUUGUACAAAUGUUUGAAUAAAAUUGGCUUAUAAUGUUA